AUGCCCGACGCCAUGCUGCCUGCCUGCUUCCUUGGCCUGCUGGCCUUCACCUCUGCUUGCUACUUCCAGAACUGCCCGAGGGGCGGCAAGAGGGCCAUGUCCGACAUAGAACUGAGACAGUGUCUCCCCUGCGGCCCCGGGGGCAAAGGGCGCUGCUUCGGGCCCAGCAUCUGCUGCGGGGACGAGCUGGGCUGCUUGGUGGGCACGGCCGAGCCUCUGCCUGUGGCGGUGUACCAGUGUGACUAG